AUGUGCCGGCCAGCGCUCGCCCGGCUGCUGCUCCUCCAGCUGCUGCUGCUGAAGCUGCACCUCGGCAAAGGCGCCGUCAAGGAGUGCGAGGAGGACCAGUUCCAGUGCCGGAACGAGCGGUGCAUCCCCGCCAUCUGGAAAUGCGACGAGGACGACGACUGCUCGGAUAACAGCGACGAGGCGGAUUGCCCAAAGAAAACUUGUGCCGAGUCAGAUUUCACUUGUGACAAUGGCCACUGCAUCCCAGCCAGGUGGAAAUGUGAUGGUGAAGAAGAAUGUCCUGAUGGGUCAGAUGAAUCAGAAGCAGCAUGCACCAAGCAAGUAUGUCCAGCUGAAAAAAUUAGCUGUGGAGACUUAAGCAACAAAUGUAUCCCAUCGUCCUGGAGAUGUGAUGGGCAGAAGGAUUGUGAAAGUGGUAUUGAUGAGGCUGGCUGCACUCCUGCCUGUCCUCCCAAUGAGUUCCAGUGCAGUAACAAGUCGUGCAUCUCCAUCACCUUCGUGUGUGACGGUGACAAUGACUGUGGGGAUGGCAGUGAUGAAAGAAAAUGCUCCCCUCUGACCUGCAACCCCAAUGAGUUCCAGUGCAACAACAGUGUGUGCAUCCCAGAGCUGUGGGUCUGUGAUAAUCAGCCAGACUGUGAGGAUCAGUCAGACGAGUCCGUAGAGAAGUGUGGCUACGAUGCCAAGGCCCUCAACACCUGCGCGGCUCAUGAGUUCCAGUGCAGCAAUGGUGAAUGCAUCCAUCUGAACUGGAAGUGUGACGGGGACGAAGACUGCAAGGACAAGUCGGAUGAGCAGGAUUGCCCUCUGGUGACGUGCCAGCCGGAUGAAUUCCAGUGUGGCGAUGGGACCUGUAUCCAUGGAGCAAAGCAAUGUGACAAGGUGCACGACUGUCCUGACAACAGCGACGAGGCAGGCUGCAUCCAAGGUAUUAAUGAAUGCUCUAUGAACAACGGUGGUUGCUCACACAUAUGCAAAGACUUGAAGAUUGGUUAUGAAUGUGAAUGCCCACCCGGAUACAAGCUUCUGGAUAAAAAAACGUGUGGAGACAUAGAUGAAUGUGAGAAUCCAGACGCUUGUAGCCAGAUCUGCAUUAAUUACAAGGGGGACUACAAAUGUGAGUGCUACGAGGGAUAUGAGAUGGACACCCUGUCCAAGAACUGCAAAGCUGUAGGCAAGAGUCCGUACCUGAUCUUCACCAAUCGCCAUGAGGUACGUAAGAUAGACCUGGUGAAAAGGGACUACUCUCGCAUCAUUCCCAUGCUGAAGAAUGUUGUGGCGCUGGACGUGGAGGUGUCAACAAACAGAAUAUAUUGGUGUGAUUUGUUCUACCGAAAAAUCUACAGUGCCUACAUAGACAAAGCGAGUGACACAGCUGAGCAGGUGAUUUUGAUAGACAGCCAGCUCAACUCUCCUGAAGGACUGGCAAUAGACUGGGUUCAUAAGAAUAUCUACUGGACGGAUUCCGGAAACAAGACCAUCUCAGUGGCCACUGCAGAUGGAAGCAGGAGGAGGACACUUUUCAACAGUGACCUCAGUGAGCCAAGAGCCAUUGCUGUUGAUCCCACACGGAGGUUCAUGUACUGGUCUGACUGGGGAGACAAAGCUAAGAUCGAGAAAGCUGGCCUGAAUGGUGUGGGGCGGCGAGUGCUGGUGACUGACAACAUUGAGUGGCCAAAUGGCAUCACGCUUGAUUUGCUGAAUCAGCGUCUCUACUGGGUAGACUCCAAAUUGCAUUCACUGUCCUGCAUUGAUUUCAAUGGCAGCAACAGAAAAGUUCUGAUCUCUUCUGUUGACGAUCUGAGCCAUCCUUUCGGCUUAGCAGUGUUUGAGGACAGAGUGUUCUGGACUGACCUGGAGAAUGAAGCAAUCUUCAGCGCAAACCGGCUGAAUGGCUUGGACAUCUCCGUUUUGGCAGAAAAUCUCAAUAAUCCUCAUGACAUCGUGGUAUUUCAUGAAUUAAAGCAGCCCAAAGCUCCAGAUUCCUGUGAGCUCAGCCUCCAGCCAAACGGAGGCUGUGAGUAUUUGUGUCUGCCUGCACCUCAGAUCUCUCCCCAUUCUCCCAAGUAUACAUGUGCCUGUCCUGACAAUAUGUGGCUGGGUCCUGACAUGAAAAAAUGCUACAAAGAUCUUCCAGCUACUUCAACUACUGUACUGGUUUCUACAACCACGGCAUCCCAUACUGCCGGUACCACGACCAUCGCAACUGUACCUGGCAGUGCCAGUAACACCACUGACGUCGCCCUCAAAGCUGUACCAGAAGCUACGAUUGCCACCCCAAGUUUUCACUUACCUUCCACCACAUCCAUCCUGAUAGAUUCUGAGAUGACCACCGGAAACAGCAAUUUAUCACAGCACUAUGCAAAUAAUGACCAAGGCUUUGAUUCAACUGUGACAGCAGCUGUUAUUGGAAUUGUCAUUCCUGUCGUGGUCAUUGGCUUGCUGUGCAUGGGGGGAUACCUCAUCUGGAGAAACUGGAAACGAAAGAAUACUAAAAGCAUGAAUUUUGAUAAUCCAGUGUAUAGGAAGACAACAGAAGAGGAAGAUGAAGAUGAAAUCCACAUUGGGCGGACUACCCAAAUUGGACAUGUCUACCCAGCACGUGUAGCGUUAAGCUUAGAAGAUGACGGGUUGCCAUGAGGAUGCAGUUGCUGCUCCAAACACCACACUGAAGAAAUUUGCUUUGGAUCACAGAACCUGCUUCUUCUUUUUGAUCGUUAUUUAUGUUGCAGAAGGGUAACCACAAA